ACACACAGAAAUACAUUCAACACGUGCCUGGCUGUCCGUUUGACUGCUUCUGGACUCGAAAUAAAGGAAACGAAGAUUUACUCUCCAAACAGUGCUGGUGAAGCUCUCUGGAUCUGAAAGUUAUCAUGGAUGCUGCAGAGUUUCGACGCAGAGGCAAGGAGAUGGUCGACUAUGUGGCAGACUACUUGGAAAAUAUAGAACAGCGACCAGUCUACCCAGAUCUGGAACCCGGAUAUCUCCGUUCUUUAAUCCCUACGGAGGCCCCACUUGAGCCUGAGAGUUAUGAAGAAAUAAUGCAUGAUGUGGAGAGAGUCAUAAUGCCAGGGAUCACCCACUGGCACAGCCCAAACUUCUUUGCUUACUUUCCAGCAGCUUCCUCUUACCCUGCUAUGCUGGCUGAUAUGCUGUGUGGGGCCAUCGGCUGCAUUGGAUUUUCCUGGGCUGCCAGUCCAGCUUGCACAGAGUUGGAGACAGUGAUGCUAGAUUGGCUUGGGAAGAUGCUGCACCUGCCUGAGAGUUUUAUAGCGGGGACACAUGGCCACGGAGGUGGUGUCAUUCAGGGAACAGCCAGUGAAGCCACCCUGAUAUCCUUGCUUGCUGCCCGCUGCAAGGCAAUCCGACGGGUCCUGGCAACAGAUCCUAAAACAUCUGAAGCUGACAUCCUCUCUAAACUUGUGGCAUACACUUCUGAGCAGGCUCAUUCCUCUGUGGAACGAGCAGCCCUGAUUGGAGCAAUCAUGAUGAGGAAGGUUCCUACUGAUGAAGACUACUCUGUUAGAGAGGAAAUGCUGAGAAAAAUGGUGGAAGAAGACAAAGCAGCUGGACUCAUCCCGUUCUAUUUUUGCGCCACUCUUGGCACCACACCAUCAUGCGCUUUUGAUCGUAUCAUGGAGCUGGGGCCCCUAUGUAAUAAGGAAAACAUGUGGAUGCACAUUGAUGCAGCUUAUGCUGGGAGUGCCUUUAUCUGCCCUGAAUUCAGACCUUUACUGAAUGGCAUUGAGUAUGCAGACUCUUUCAACUUCAAUCCACACAAAUGGCUUUUAGUCAACUUUGACUGCUCUGCAAUGUGGGUGAAGGAGAGAACGGACAUCAUUGGAGCUUUUAAAAUGGAACCGCUCUACCUGAAACAUGAAAACCAGGAAUCAGGGCUGGUCACAGAUUACAGGCAUUGGCAGAUUCCUCUAGGAAGGAGAUUUCGCUCUUUGAAGUUGUGGUUUGUGUUUCGUAUGUACGGACUAAAAGGCCUGCAAGCUCAUAUACGGAAGCAAGUGGCCUUGGCCAAAGAGUUUGAGAGUCUGGUCAGAGCAGACAAGAGGUUUGAGAUCUGUGCUGAAGUUGUUCUGGGACUCGUAUGCUUCAGGCUCAAGGGCUCUAACGAUCUGAACCAAACCUUACUCAAAAGGAUCACAAAGAGCAGAGAGCUCCACCUGGUACCCUGCCAGCUCUCUGGUCGCUUUGUCCUGCGCUUCGCCAUCUGUGCACGCACCACUGAGUCACGCCACAUCCAGCAAGCGUGGCGUCACAUUACACAGUUAGCCUUUGAGCUUCUGCAGGAGCAGCCACAUUGACAUAGAAUAUAGGAGGCGCUAUUGCACUUAGUUGCUAAAGUGAAAACCAAAGUUUAGACAAAAGAUAUGUGAAAUUUGCAGAUAUAAAGUGUCCAAACUUUUCCCAGCUGCCAGUAAAGUUUCAGCCUGCAGCCAUGGGAAGCAUGGGAAGUGUUUGCCAUUACUACUGUAUGUACAUGUUCGAUGGUUUUGUAGAUACAGAUACAUAUGCCUGACCUGAGAACAUGUGAAGAAACAAAAAGGGAGAAGAGUCAAAGUAUUACAUUUUACAUCUGCAAUUCCUUCAUCCGUUGUCUAUCCUUCUAUCUGUCACUGUUUGGUGAGUUGGUAACAGUCUUCAACAUUGUGCACUUUCCUCCCUGCAACUUUUCUGUGCUCAUUCGGUGUCUUCUGGUUGUCAAAUAUAUAAGUCUAAUUAAACUGGAGCUUAACUUUGUAGUUAAUUCAUUGCAUGGUGGUAAAUCAGUUGUUCAGUCAGCAAGUCUCUGCAGCUUCUUAGGAGCAGCUUAUCUAUAACCCAACUUCUCAGUGUACUGUACUGAAUGUGAUGUAGAGAACUAUACUGUCAAGUUUAAGAAUUUCAUUAUUGCUCAUUUGGUUAAACCCUUUCAUAAGUGUGUUCUAUAUCUCAUUUGUAAUGAUGCUGAUGUUUAUUUAUGGUGACGCAGAUUGGAUAACCACCUUUUUUACUGUAUUUUUUCUUAAAAUCUGUCUUAUGCAAAGGGAAAUUUUAAAAUCUGUUGCAUAGGAUAUUUAUAUUCUUUUAAAUAAGAUAAGGACAAAUAAAUUCUAAUGUUUAAAAUCUUAAUGUUGAAAAUUAAAGUAUUAAUUAAAGUUUUCUUCACUUUAUUUUAAAGUAUACUCACAGAUUAUUUUUUUAAUUAGUAAAUAAUAAAGAACGCUACUUUAAGCAAAUAUGUAUGUAUACUACAUCCCCUGACUUCAUGCCUAUAAUAUAAACAUGGUGCUUAAAAGACUACAGUACCCUAGGGGUUUUGUGAAAUUAGUAUCAGUAAUGUUGUCCUACUUGUAGAGUGAAUAUAUAAUGCAGUGUGAUGGAAGACAAGUUAAACAGCUCUCAGUGAAGUGGAGGACUCAUAUCUGGUUGUGGAACCAAUUUUUAGUUGAUUUUAGCAACUUAAAAAACGUUGAAUUUUUUUUCUAUCUAUGGAAUACAAUGAUAUAAUAAUGGACAUUAAAAGUCUGCACUUUCACAAGAAACUAUUGUUUUGUUUGUUGCUUUUCUCUUAGUCAAACAACUUCUGUGUGAGUAAAUGAAGUCAAAUUGGCAGAGUCUGGCAUUUUUCAACUAUGCUCUUCAUAUAACAUGAACAUAUCAGUCUUGGUGCCGCUGCAAAAAAAGCUCUUGGCAGACUUGGCGCAGAGUGAAAAGGUUGAGCUGAGUUGAAUGACAGCUGUGUGAACAAAUGUAACUUCAGUUUGUCCAAAAAACAAAAACAAACUAGACAGAAACUUAAAAGCACUAUCUUAUAAAAAAAUUUCCUCGUAGUAAAACGCAUUUCACCUGGUUAUGUCUAUUAAGAUAUAGUGGAUAAUACAAGUAAAAAAAAUCAGAAGUAGAAAUGUACGUUUUGAGCUUUAAAGUUAGCAAAAACCAGGAACAAAAUAGGGUUUAUCUGGUUAGCUUAAACUUCUUAAAUCUAUGUGAUUUUAUUUCUGGCCACAGUGAUAUAAAGUUUGUUCUGAGUCAGAAUAUUCAUUUGAACCCUGAAAAAAAAAAGAAAAAGAAAAUUUCAGCUGUAGAAAUAUAUGAAGCUGUAUUGAGAAUCGAAACUCAACUUCAACUUCAUAUUUAUACUAAACUGAAAAAAUACCAUCUUGAGCAGACAGAGAAAACCUGAUAAAGAUUUAUUCAAAACAGAUGCCACUUAAAAAGAUAAGAUAAAUAAUUUGGAGCCUGUGACAUCAGAAUGAAAAAAACACAGAAAGCAAAACCAAGUGAUUCUUCACAUACUUACAUUUUUUUUUAUGUUAUAAAAACAAAGAUUUUGUUAAGUUACAAUGUAGUCCCCUGUAGAAGCUGCCAUAUC